AUGGCUCCCCGUAGAAAACGCCAGCGCCUUUCACUCGACGGCGCAGAGGCCGUCACCGCCACCGCUGACGUCGAGCAACCCUCCGGUGCUUCUGCUGCGGCGGCCAAGGAAGUCGCGCGCAGACAACUUUUCGUUCGCGCACUUGCGCCCACCGUCACCAGCGAAGACCUGACCGAAUACUUUUCAGAGUCGUACCCAAUCAAGAAUGCGCUUGUAGUCCUGGACAAAGAGACGCGCGAGUCAAAAGGCUAUGGUUUCGUUACAUUCGCCGAUGUCGAGGAUGCGCAAAGAGCAAAGGAGGAAUUGAACAACACAGAGAUCAAGGGCAAGAAGAUCAAGGUAGACUUUGCUGAAGCCAGGCAUCGUGACGGCGACGAGAAGCGUCCCAAUGCCGCCAAGGCAGAGCGCGAGCAGCAGGCCAAGGAAGCGCAGACUCCAAAACUCAUCGUACGAAACCUGCCGUGGAGCGUAAAGACACAAGAAGAUUUGGAGAAGCUAUUCAGGAGUUAUGGCAAGGUCAACUUUGCCACUCUGCCCAAAAAGCCCAGUGGUGAGCUGAGGGGGUUUGGUUUCGUUGCGCUACGAGGAAAGAAGAAUGCGGAGAAGGCGAUACAGGAGCUGAAUGGCAAGGAGAUCAAUGGCAGGCCCAUUGCUGUUGAUUGGGCUGUCGACAAGGACACUUGGCUGAACCUGCAAAAGACCGAGCAAGGAGACGACGCCAAAGCAGACGAGGACGAAGAGAUGGAGGACGCUGAGAGCUCCGUAGUCAGUUCUGACGAGGAUGAAGACGACGACGACGACUCCGGCGACAGCGAAGACGAAGACUCAGAAGUGGACAGCGAAGAUGACGACGAGGACGACGAAGACAUUUCAGAAAAUGAUGAGGAAGGUGGUUUUGAGCUGGAGCAGCAGGACAAUCGACCAAAACGCGAGGAAUACACAGUCUUCGUACGCAAUGUGCCAUUCACAGUGGACGAUGAAGGUCUGAAAGAGCACUUUGAGCAGUUUGGAGGCAUAAGAUAUGCACGCGUUGUCAUGGAUCGCGAAACUGAACGUCCAAAGGGCACUGCUUUCGUCGCAUUCUUCACGGAAGAGGACAUGAUCAACUGCUUAAAGGGUGUCCCCCGUGUCAAGUUGCAAAAGAAGGACCUGAACAAGCAAGACGGCUCCACCAUUACCGUCACACAUUCCGUACUCGAAGAUGAAAACGCCGACCCAACAGGCAAAUACACCAUCGACGGUCGCAUCUUGCAAAUCUCCCGUGCGGUGGACAAGAACGAAGCAAGCCGUCUCACUGCCGAAGGCGCAGCCUCUCGCUACAACCGCGACAAGGACAAGCGACGCCUUUACCUCCUCUCAGAAGGAACUAUUAGUUCCAACUCGCCAUUGUAUCAAAAGCUUUCGCCAUCUGAAAUUAAGAUGCGUGAGGAGAGUGCUACACUGCGUCGUAAGCAAAUCCAAGAAAACCCCUCGCUUCAUCUAUCCCUCACCCGUCUCUCGAUCCGGAAUAUACCCCGCAGUAUCACUUCAAAAGACCUUAAGCAGCUCGCUCGUAAUGCUGUUGUUGGCUUCGCUGCCGAUGUCAAGGCCGGUAAGCGACAAAAACUUAGCAAAGAAGAGGUCAUACGUGGGGGUCAAGAGAUGCUGGUAGCCGACAAGAUGCGCAAGAAGAAGGGCAAGGGUAUCGUUAAGCAAGCCAAGGUUGUCUUCGAGACACCCGCGGGCAGCAAGGUCUCUGAAGAAACCGGUGCUGGACGUAGUAGAGGAUACGGUUUCAUCGAGUACUACACGCACCGAAACGCCCUAAUGGGUCUACGAUGGCUCAAUGGACACGCUGUGGAUUACAAGAUCAAGGCAGACCCCACACCAAAAAGCAAGAAGAAGGCGCAAGAAGCGCUGGAAGACAAGCGGAAACGACUCAUUGUAGAAUUCGCCAUUGAGAACGCGAAUGUCGUCAACAGACGCUCAGAGCGUGAGGGAAAGACACGCGAGCCAUCUAAGCCGAAAACCGGCGAGGCUGAAGACGAAGAGGCCCAGCCGGGCGCGGCCAAGGGCAAGAAGCGCAAGCGAGAAUCGAGCGCCGUAGACAAGAAGAGCAAGGGCAAGGUCAGCGGGAAAGCGAAGCAAGGUUCGGGUGCGGAUGCGGGAACUGGUCCCGCUGCAAGCAAGAGCAAAGAUGAGAAGCUCGCACAGAGAACCAGGAUCAUCGCGAAGAAGAGACAGGCGCGAAAGGCCAAGAGGUCUGGAAAA